AAUUCCAUCAGUCCGAGCCAAGCGAUAAUUGCAAUAGCUUGACACCAGCGAUCUGCUUCGAAAUGAGGAUGCAGAGGCCGUAAACGUACCGGUGUGAGACAUUUCCUGGUAACAGGAUGAUUUUGUUGCAGGAAAAUGGGCAGCGAUCGGAAAAUCAGGCAAUACAACAUGUUCCAGUUUAAGGAGAGGUGGAAAAAAAUUCGGGAGGUCAGCUAUGACGACGUCGUGCGAUAUCUGUACUCACCUACUGACCCCUCGAGUUUGGGUGUUGUUAGAUUCCUUUUUGGUUUGCUCAUGUUGGUUGACUUGCCUGAGGAGAGGGGCGGUUCGGACAUAGAUAUAAGAUGGGGGGAUCCCAGAGAUUGUCAUUUUCCGUUAUUUCCAGUACUGACGAAUCCAGGUUUUCCGUGCAUGUGUAUGCUGUACUGUACGAUGUGGUUUGGUGCUUGUGGAAUUAUGUUGGGAUAUAAGUUCAGAUGGAGCGUUUUCCUCUUUGGAGUACCGUACUGGUAUAUCUUGUUACUGGAUAAGUCGUACUGGAACAACCACAGUUACCUCUUCGGACUAGUCACGAUUCUGUUAAUGGGAUCUUCAGCCAAUCAUUUUUUGUCUUUGGACGGGUACUUGGACGAAUCCAAGAAAAACAAACACGUUCCAUAUUGGAAUUACUUUAUACUGAAGUAUCAGUUUUUCUUGCUGUACUUUUUGGCGGGUCUGAAGAAAAUCGAUAUGGAAUGGUUGGAGGGUUAUUCCAUGAAGGACAUAGGAGGACACUGGGUUUUCAUACCUUUCCAGUACGUACUGUCUUCAGAUAAGAUCGACUACCUUGUCGUCCACUGGUUUGGCUUCCUCCUGGAUCUGACCAUAGGAUUUUGGAUGAUGGUGGAGUUCACUAGGCCCGUGGCCAUGCUAUUCUGUGCUUGCUUCCAUUUGAUGAAUUCUCGACUGUUCAGUAUUGGUAUGUUUCCUUACGUCUGUCUGGCCACCAUGCCCCUAUUCUGCGUCGAGACCUGGCCCCGUCGGAUCCAGAGCCUUUUCACGAGAUCUAAUACGGAUCCGUCGCCAUCCUCGGACUGUAUUUAUUCCGACGACAAAACAAACCAGCACAAAGGCCAGUCUUUGGAAAAUAACGUGAAAUGGAAGCACAGAUUUGUCGCAGCCCUGCUAAUUUGCCACUGCGGAUUGCAGCUGUUCUUGCCAUACUCUCAUUUUAUUACAAAGGGUUAUAACAACUGGACCAAGGGCCUGUACGGCUACUCCUGGGACAUGAUGGUGCACUCCUGGGACACCAUCCUGGUGGUGGUGAAGGUCGUGGACAACGAUUCCGGCAGGGAACAUUUCGUGGACGCCGGGGCGUGGACCCAAAACGACCGGUGGAAUAAACACGCCGACAUGUGUGUCCAGUACGCUCAUUGCCUGAAGGGGAAUUUAUUGGAAGACAAGAAACAUGAAUCGGUGUCUUCCCUUCAACCCAAAGACAUGCCCAACUACAUUACAUCCGACAACAUCUCUAUCUACGUGGACGUGUGGUGUUCGCUGAACAAGCGCUUCCAGCAGCGUAUGUACGACCCCAACUACGACCUUCUGAAAGCCAACUGGUCGCCCUACGAACCCGUAGAGUGGCUGAUGCCCGUCCUCGCCGAGUACAGCGGUUUCAGGACCACCAUGAACGACAUAAGCAAGGAGGUCUACUCGUGGUCCAACAACAGCGACGUGCUGUUCAUCGCCGAUUUUCCAGGCAUGUACUUGGAGAACUUCAUCAACAGCGACUUGCAGAACGUGACGCUUACGGUACUGGAAGGAAAGGUGGUGUUCGAGAUGGAGGAUCAGGAGACCUUGCAGUCGAUAGGAGUGCCGUUGAAGAAAGGGGACCGCGUUCCGGUCGAAGUGGGGGUUUUCCACAAAAUCCACACUGUCGGCGAAUCGCCCUCCUGUUACAUGUAUACUUUCGUUAGGGAUGGGGUGCUGGACCAGGAGGAGACCGACCAGAAGUAUACGAUGUAUUCGCCGUUUCCUCUCGUCGAAGACGUCCAGGAUAGGAUGGAAUCGUUAUUGAGGAUGUGGCGGCAUAUUGGGAGCUCUUUCCUGUACGUGCUAUUGGGCAGGCCCUAUCAGCUAAGAAGCAAGAAGUGAACAGGUUUUUUUUUUUUCUUGGAGCCAAAAUGGAGGGAUUCUAACGGGACUCUAAAGCUUUGGUUUCCUAGAAAAGUGGUACCGUAAUAGCGGUCGUAAUAUGACGUAAAUGAAAACAGUUUUUGACGGUAAACAAAAAUGUUGCAACAAAUGUUUCUCGCUGUACUGUCUGCCGUCAAAAUAUAUUGCAUCAUUUUUAUACGCCGCCCGGUGUUUACCGCUCUCCAUUUACAUCUAUAAGAGUGCUUUUUUGCGAUCUCAUAUUACGGCAUCGCUUUCCUGUGAAACCAAAGCUUAAUCAA